AAAAUGGAAAAUGUUGAGACUUUUAUUUUUAUCUGUCUGUGCUCAUGGAGUCUGGCUGGUGUGUUUGGUGUUAAUGAAGUGAAGUCAGUGUCAGUGAUGGAGGGAGAUUCUGUCACUCUGAACACUGAUGGUACUGAUAUACAGAAAGAUGAUCAGAUAAUGUGGAAAUUUGGACACAAAAACAUUCUCAUCGCUCAAAUCAACAGAAAAUACAAUAAGAGCAGGGAUUAUGAUGAUAAAGCCGGUGAGAGAUUCAGAGGCAGACUGAAGCUGGACAAUGAGACUGGAUCUCUGAGCAUCACAAACACCAGAACCACAGACUCAGGAGUUUAUAACAUAACCAGCAUAAGAUCAGAGACACCGCUCAACAUCUUCAGUCUUACUGUCUACGCUCAUUUGCCUGUUCCUGUCAUCAGCAGAGACUGUGCUUCAUCAUCACCAUCAUCACCACAGCAGAAUUGUUCAUCAUCAUCAGGAUCAUCAGUGUCCAAAUGUGUGUUUCUGUGUUCAGUGGUGAAUGUGGGUCAUGUGACUCUCUCCUGGUACAAAGGAAACAGUAUCUUCUCCAGCAUCAGUGUGUCUGAUCUCAACAGAAGUCUUUCUUUACAUCUGGAGUGUCUGGAUGAUUCCUACAGCUGUGUGGUGAACAAUCCCAUCAGCAACCAGACUCAACAUCUCAACAACACUGAACUCUGUCAGCCAUGUUCAGAUGUGAUAGUGUUGGUCUCUGCUGCUGCUGCUGCUGGAUCUCUGUUGAUUGCAGCUGCAGUUGGGAUCUUCUGCAUCUGCAGGAAACACAGAAAAACAGACAAAGAAGUUCAGAUCCGUGAUAGAGAGAUCACUUACGCUGAUCCCACAUUUUACAAAAGACCACACAGAAAAACCUCCUCAGCCAAGACCCAAAACAAGGACCUUCUCGCUAAAGAUGAUCAGAUAAUGUGGAAAUUUGGACACAAAAACAUUCUCAUCGCUCAAAUCAACAGAAAAUACAAUAAGAGCAGGGAUUAUGAUGAUAAAGCCGGUGAGAGAUUCAGAGGCAGACUGAAGCUGGACAAUGAGACUGGAUCUCUGAGCAUCACAAACACCAGAACCACAGACUCAGGAGUUUAUAACAUAACCAGCAUAAGAUCAGAGACACCGCUCAACAUCUUCAGUCUUACUGUCUACGGUGACUCAUUUGCCCCUGUCAUCAGAUCAUCAUCAUCAGUGUCCAAAUGUGUGCUGCUGUGUUCAGUGGUGAAUGUGGGUCAUGUGACUCUCUCCUGGUACAAAGGAAACAGUUUAUUGUCCAACAUCAGUGUGUCUGAUCUCAACAUCAGUCUGUCUCUACCUCUGGAGGUGGAAUAUCAGGAGAAAAACACCUACAGCUGUGUGCUCAACAAUCCCAUCAGCAACCAGACUCAACAUCUCAACAUCAGCAGACUCUGUCAGACAUAUCCAGGUUGGACAGUGGUGAUAUUAGCAUUUGAUGUCAUAGUGCUGAUAUUUCAUGUAGCGUUUCAUUAA